UGUUUGUGAUUAUAAAGUGAAAAGAAAAGAUUUGUUUUUAUUUUAGAUUUUUGAUAUUUUUUAAUUAAAUUCUAAUUCUAUUUACUUAUUAAUCGAUUAACUUUAAUUUCUGUUCAAAUGUAACAAUUAAUUCACUUGUUCCAUGUAAUCAUCUUUUUUUCUCUUCUUUUUCCUUCUUCUUGAGCCUUCGUCUCUUUUUCUUUUGCUUUUCUCUUUCUCUUUUUUUUUCUAUCUCUUUUUCUCUCUGUUUCUCACUAUCUUCCUUUCCUACUCCAUCUGCUUUAGUGUUUGUGAUGAUUUACUCUUUAAACAUAUUCUAUUUACCAAACUGUCCCGUUCUACAUCCUAUUGAUCUUAUUUCUCUUAUCAAAUCAACGCCAUCGUUACAAUCAACACCAACACCAACGUUACUUUCAUCAUUAUCAUAACCAUCAACACUAUUAUCAUCAUUAUUAUCAUAGCUCUUGUUAUCCUUCUCAUUCUAUUCAUUUCUGCACCAUGUCUUGAUGGUUUUCCAAUUGUUCGGAUUCAGUCAAAUAAAUUAUUAAACACCUCUGACAAUCAACGUAAUAAAAAGAGGAAAUCCACCAAUACCACCACAAAAUCAACAACAACAACAAAACCACCAAAACAAACAAGUCCACAAAUAUGCCAGCCAUAACCAGGAAACCGAAAGAUUUACACAUGGCCAAAUCAGUUGGUGAACUGAAUAGUUUAGCUAAUGAUAAGGCAACAACGAUAAUUAAAGCAUCUCCGCCAAACCAAUUGCUUAACUCUAUGGAAAAGGUUUUCAAUCAAGCCAAUUUAGAAUACAACUCUGGUGAUGAAGAGAAAGCAUACAUUUUCUUCAUGAGAGUUGCAAACCUUUACCAAGGAGUUAAAUCAUCUCGUCUUCAUGACGAUAUAAAAUAUGGUAAAAUGUUCAAAGAAGCUAUAAUCAAGUGUGAAGAAUUAUCUAAAAUUUUGGAGGCAAGAUAUCAUGAAGCUUCACCUAAAACUAAUGUAUCAACACCUAUGCCUGGUAAAACUGUUAAUGCAACCAACAGUUCCAAUAAUAAUAGUAAUAAUAAUUCAUCUAAAAGCCUGAUAAAUAAUAUAAAUAAUAAUGGAUUGAAGGAUGACCUUUCUUAUGUUAAUAACAAUAGACGUGAUGACUGUAAUAUUAAUCAAAUUGAUGGAGAUAAUUAUAUUAAACCCACCAUCGAACCCACGGAGCUUUUUGAUCUAAUAUCGGAUCAUCAUAAAAAUCGAAACGAUAAUUUUAUACUUUUACUGGAUUCAAGGAGAAGAGAGGAUUUUGAAGCUUCUCACAUCAGCAAUCUCAAAACGGAUAAAGUUAAAUUGUUAAAUAUACCAGAGGAAUUAUUAGAAAAAGGUACAGCGGCUACCAAAUUGAUGAAAUCGUUACCAACAAAUGCUCAAUUAAUUUUAAAAGAAAGGAGAUCAGCUCAUAAAGUGAUAAUUUUCGAUUGGCAAUCAACAUCAAUCAAUGAGAAUGAACAUUUGGAUGCUUUAUUUGCUGCUCUAUGGAAGUUUGACAAUAAGGAAGGAUGUAUGGCACCCCCAAUACUAUUAAAAAAAGGCUACUAUGGUUGGCUCAACAGUUAUCCGACCUACACCUCUAAUCCAAAAGUAACACCUCCAUCAGCUGAUGAUAAUAAUGUUUCAGAUUAUGAUCCAUUGAUCAAUUAUUAUACACAGUUGAGAAAAUCGGAAGACUCUUUUGAUUCAUCACCAGACAGAUCUAAAUCUUUAUUAAAUGGAUCUGGCCAUCAAUCAGAAUCAUCAAUUGAUGAUGGUAAUCAUGAUGUUGAAAUGAGUACGAUUCAAGAUAGUAAUGAAUUGGUCAUACGAUUGACAAAUUCAAAGCUUAAAGAUAAUUCAACCAAAAUACCAGGAAGUGCUCAACCAGUUCCAUUAAUUAAUCGACAAGUUAAACCUAAAUUUACCAAUAAUGAUACUAUGAAUAUUUCAUCUGUGAAUACAUUUAAUAUAAUCAACAGAAAUGAUAAACCCAAUGGAUCAACACUCACACCAACAAUACCAAUUCAAGGUAGUAAAACUGUAAAUGUACCACAAGCACCAAAACAUAAUACCAAUGGUCCAGUUAAUGAAAAUAACAAUAGUAUCGUUGAACGUGAACUUAAGGCUCGACGGUCACUUGAAGCUCAAGAGGAAAUUAACAGAUUAAUGGAAAGUGACUUUGAAAAGGCUAAUCGGGAGAAAGAGGAGAUUUUAAAGAGAAUGGAAGCUGACAAAGAGCUUUUAUUACGUGAAAAUGUUGAUCUUAAGCGAAGGUUAAAACCUAAUCCAUCAAAGUCAUUUGAUUCUUCCUCGUCAGCAACAUCUUCAUCAACCAUUACAACAACAACAACAAGUAAACCAUCAAUUCAAUCACGGGAACCCUUGAAACCUCCUGUACGAUUCACCAUGACAGGAGAUAGUGAAGACGAGGAUACAAGUGAAAAUGAAAGAGAAAUGGUGACUAACAAUUCAGAUGAAGAAAUGAGUUCCCCUUUACAUAGACCAAAAAUGGAAAAUAAAAUAAUGACAACAACAAACACUUCAAUUAAAAGAUCGGAUGAAAGAACCGUUUCUGAGUCAGCAUCUUCUCCCACCACCACAACACCAAGGGCACCAUCGAUCGCUAAAACAGGCAAAAGUUUAUCUCGAUCUUAUUCCUCUCCCAAUAUUGCUGAUCAUCAUGGUGACGAUGAUGAUUCACAAAAUCGACCUCCAACCCACCAUCACCAUGCACCAACCUUUGAUCGAGCAUUAAAACCUUUAAACAAUGUCACCGAUUUCCCUCGUAGUUUUACCAGUUCAGCUCGAAUGAGAAACUUUUCACCCAUUUACGGAAUCCCUGGUCAAGUGAACACUGGUCUCAAAAAUUUGGGUAACACUUGCUUCAUGAACGCAGUGUUACAAUGUUUAGCGGACACUUCGAUAUUCCGUCGCUAUUUUCUCCAAGAGAAACACAUGGCCGAUAUUAGUCGUAAUAGUAGACUGGGCUCUAAGGGUGAACUAGCCGACGAACUGGGAGCCUUGAUACGUGAGAUACGAAGUAAUCAAUAUAAAUCAGUGUCACCGUCAAAUUUUAAAGAUGCCGUUGGGACCCAUAUGCCUUUUUUUAUGGGAUGUGAACAGCAGGAUGCCCAUGAAUUUUUGUGUAUGCUUCUGGAAAAGCUACACGCUGAUCUUAAUAAGGCACCACAGGCUAAUGUUGCUAACGGUAUUUUCACUCUACCUGAUGAUUCCCCUCACAUUGCGAUAAACAAAUUUUGGACCCAUCAUGUUUCCAGAAAUCGAUCAAUUGUUUCCGAAUUGUUUGAAGGUCUUCUCAUGUCAACCCUUAAAUGUACAGCUUGUGGUAAACAGUCUCACUCCUUUGAAGUUUUCACCAACCUUUCUCUUCCCAUUCCUACCAAAUUGGGCCAUAGAUUUACCAUAUUAGACUGUUUAGAUUUAUUUUCUGACGAAGAGAAACUUUUCGGUGAAGCAGCAUGGGAAUGUCCAACGUGUAAAACCAAACGAGAUGCCAUCAAACAAAUUAAAAUAUGCAAAUUACCUAAAGUAUUAGUGAUACAUUUGAAAAGAUUUUCAUAUGAAGGGAAAUGGAGACAAAAAUUACAGAAUAUGGUUGAUUUUCCUCUUUCUGAUCUUAAAUUGAAAAAAUAUAAAAGCUCGUGCGAUACCUUUGGAUUUGAUGGUUCUUAUGAGCUCUAUGGGGUUGUUAAUCACUAUGGAACCCUUGAAGGUGGACAUUAUGUAUCUUAUGUUAAAAACGAUGAGAAAAACCGUUGGUAUAAAUAUGAUGAUCACGAAGUUACCGAAUUAAGUGCGGCCGAUGUAAAAUCUCAUGCUGCUUAUCUCUUGUUUUAUACAUCUAAAAUUGAAAGUUAAUUUUGUGAUUUAUAUUAAAUGAAAACAAAAAAAAAAUAACAUCACAAUCAACUAAAAAAUAUCUUUAUUUAAAAAUAAUAUUAUCUCUCAUAUCGUUUAUGUAAUUUAAAUUUAAAUUAA